AGUCAUAGGAAAAUCGCUCUAACAAACGCUCUGCAUGCCGUACGUGUAAAGUUUUUCAAACCGAUUGUACAAUUAUUGCUCCUCACAGGGAAAAAAGAAGUUGGUAAAUCAACUCCUGCUCCAACAACAACAACAACACCAGGCCCUACCACUCCUGGUACUGAAGUGUGGUGGAAUGUUCGUCUUCCGGACAACAUUGUCCCUGAUCACUAUGACGUGGUUCUUUAUAUUGAUCUCAAGAAGCUGGUGUUCUUUGGAGAUGUAUCAAUUCUGGUGAACGUAACAAAGCCAACUGAGAAUGUACUGGUUCAUGUCAAUAAGAUGAAUAUAACGUCUGCUAAAGUAGAGAUGGCUUCCAGUGGAGGUGAGAAAAACUAUUUUUUUCGUUGAUUGAUCGCUCGAUUUAAUAUUAGCUAAAAGGAAAACAGAUCUGAUAUUUUUUAUGACUGAAUGUCUCUAAAAAGACCUGGUCCCGGUUGUUCAAACGCUGGAUAGUGCUAUCCACCUGAUAAAUCGCUAUCCAGCGGAUAAGUAAGAGGGAAAUCAAUUGCGUUAUCCACUGAAUAGAGAGUUAUCCACCUUUUGAACAACAACUGGGGUCUGUAUAUUUAUAAGUCAAAGGCGAGAGCGGUUAUUCCUUCGACAACUUAAAUCAACCGAUGGAUACUUUUCCUAGUUUUUAUUCAACCAAUCAAAAAGCAAGAUAGUCAUCGGGCAAAAAAUAACUAGAAAACCUGUCCAAUAGGUUAAAAAAUAGUACAUGACCGAACCGUAUAUUUAUGAGAUUUCGCCGCAUUUUAUUCAUGAGAUAAAGAGAAAGGGCUAUGACGUCAUGUAUCCCCCCGCUGAGUAUGAGCAGUCAAAUCUAAAGGUAGCUUAUAGAUUCUGUGACGAAAACGACAACGAGGGCGAGGUUUUCUCAAUACUAUUAGUAGUGCCCGCGCGUGAACCAGCGUCAUUUUGGCGGGAAAACGUGAUAGCCAUUUGUCAUUCAACUACCGGCUUCAGCAGGCGACGGCAAUAAUUCACGUGACGUUUUCGCUGCCGUCGUAUUGGCGGAAACAAGUUAUCAAAUAAUCAUUGCCCUCUUAGCUUUGCUUCGCCAUAACGUCCUUUCAACUUUUAUUGGCAGAUUCCCUAAGCAUGCAAAGGCGAUUCGAAUUUAAGAAAAACCAGUUCUACGUUAUGGUGAUGAAGUCACCUUUAGAAAAAGGUCGACAAUACCGAAUCAAGAUGAGCUUCAGAGCACAGCUUACAGGUGACCUGGCGGGAUUAUACAAAAGUACCUACAAAAGAGACGGCAAAGAAAUGUAAGUUUGUUAUUUUUUGUAAUGAUAUAUAAUAAAAUUUGUGUAUUAUAACAUAGCGCUCGUUCUUGACCUAUUUAAGUCCUAUAGACCUUUUUACCGAUACGGCGGCCAUAUUGAAUUUAUUACAUUUAACUAGUAUUAUGAGAUGCCCAGGGGGCAUGAGCACGAUCCGAUAUACUCGCUCAGUAAAUAUACGCGCACUUUUCGGGCCAAUUUUUCUUUGCGUUUUCCUAGAAAAAGAUCGUUGUGCCGUGUUUGGAUGUAAUAAUGAUCGCCUUUUUCCCGAGAAGUAGAUAGCGAAGUUCUCUUUUUGCCCGAAAAGCGCGCGUAAAUACUGAGCGAGUGCCCCCUGGGUAUCCUAUAAUACUAGUUAAAUGUAAUAAAUGCAAUAUGGCCACCGUAUCGGUAAGAGGGUCUAUUGAGCCGCUAUGAACAAAAUCUUUAUUUGCGCACGCCCGUGCUUAAAUAAAGAUUUUUUUCAUGAUGACGUGUUCAGCUGUGUUUUUCGUCUCUUUUCCUAAGUACCCAAAAAUCGACGGCAAUGAUGAAAAACUUUCUAGCAUUUUUGGAAUUGAGCUUCUAGCCACUCAAACCAACAGCAAAAGCGGUGAAGAUGUUUUGCAAAUAAUAGAGCCUGAAUCGUUGAAAAGUCUGCUGUAAAGACUGACAUUUAGCUGGAAAAAGACCACAAAUUGGUCUGUGUCGGAAAAUAUCCAAUUUGUACAAAGUGUCCUCCGUUUUUAACGUUUGUUUAUCCUUUACAAAACAAGUUAAUUAUAAAGUAAGCUCAAUUACGAAAAAUUAUGCACUUUUGUCAUCGUCGAACAAUCCGACUGAAGCUUGGAAAACUUCUCUUGCAAUAACAAGACAAAUUGCACAAGAAGACAUAAAUUUAUUACUCACAAAAACAACUGCUGCCAGAUCUUCUCAAGAAGCUGUAAUGACCAGCCAUUGUUCGUAAAUAAAUAUAAGUUUAAAGUAGGAUGUCAGUCGUCUUCGCCAAAUAACAAGUUUUCCAUCCUCGAAGACCCAGGGGCAGAUAGUGGGGGCGAGGGAAAGUCUAAACGGGCGGAAAAUAUGGCACAAAGAAAAGUAAAGAACGACGAGAAGAGCCCCUGGGGACAAUGCCUUACCAGACCAGUUCCAAACGGUCGCCCCCGUUCUGCAUUCUGAUUGGGUAGAAAAACACAAAAGUUUUCUGGCACCAAUCAGAAGGCAGAACUGCGGCGACCGUUUGGAACUGGUCUGGUAAGACAUUGUCCCCAGGGGGUCUUCUCGCCGUUUUUUACUUUUCUUCGUGCCAUAUUUUUCCGCCCGUUUAGACUUGCCCUCCACUAUCUGUCCCUGGAUCUCCGAGGAUGCAAGUUUUCUGGAUUUCGCCGAGCAAAACAUUAACAUGAAUCCAAACCAUACUCCACGACUUCUUACGAACAUGUGAGUAUUUAUCUUAAGUGGACUUUAAGACUCUUACCUUUGUUUCGGCUUAGUUUCCAUUGAUCGUCGGUUAACGGAUAAAUAAGCAAAUUUUCUUUCUCAGUUUUACAGAAAUAAUUUUCAUUCAAACAAGACGAUUGUGGUGUGUUUGUAAUCAGCCAAUAGAAGCGUUUGCUAUUGUGUGGUGCGUUACGAGAAUUUUGCAGUUUAUCAAAAAGCAAGCAUUUUUGUCAGCUAUGUUAUAAAAGAAUUUGCUCAUUCUUUUAGCUGUGCGUAUAUCGAGUUAUGGAUGCACUUGGAAAGUUUAGAGAGCACCCAAGACUCGAUAUACGCACGCCAAGCAUGAACAAAUUCUUAAAUAAUUGCGCCAUUACCUUUUUUACUAGACGGCUUAACUAAGCCAAUAACGUCAUUUUUUCCUCGUCCUCUUUAAGUUUAAAAUCGCCCCAUGUAAGGGAAUCCAAGACACUCUUGGAUUCUGGAUUCCACGACGUGGAUUCCGGAUUCCAAUUACCGGAUUCCAGAUCUUUUUCAGUGGAACUUGGAUUCCGGAUUCGAAUUGUUAGUGGGAUUCCGGAUUCCUACACCUGUAUUCCGGAUUCCAAGGCCCAGGAUUCCGGAUUCCACAAGCAAAACUUUCCAAGAUUCCGGAUUCCAAAUGCAAUAAUUUCGCGGAUUCCGGAAUCCGGAUUCCUUUACAUGGGGCGAUUAAAAGGACGAAUAAAUGAAACCGCGCGGGCCAAUAGCUUAACACCAAAACCUAACCCAUUUACCAGUUUAAUGCAUGCAUUGGGAUGGGGCACGUCUGAAAUAAAUGCUCCGUUGUUAACUAUAUUAAUAAUUGAUAAAUGUAACAAUGGUUUUUGUGCUGCGAAUAGUGCUGUUGUAUCACCCUUAACACCCCAGGCUUCCAACGAAACUCCCAAAAAAUCCCAUGCCGAAUUUCCGAGACUUUCAAUGUUUGUGUUUCGUUACUCGGCAUUGUACCAAAUUGAUCGUAAAUUUUCCUCAUUUGCUUUUCUAGAAUAGAACUAUACCCAAUCCGCCCCCGUUCCCCCCCCCCCAAAAAAAAAAAAAAAAAAAAAAAACCAAGGUACCCAUGAGAAAAAAUACUUGCCAAAGACAUCCCGGAAAGAAAAAUUCCAAACGCAAUCAAAGAUCCUUCGAUUAUCCCCGUCAACCCUAACCCUAACCCCCCCCCCCCACCGCAACCUCAAGGUUAAACACUGUGAUAGAUGUAUGAAAGUUGUGGCAUUCUUAUUACAGAACCAUCGCAGCUACUCAGCUCCAACCGACCGAUGCACGAAGGACGUUUCCCUGUUUUGAUGAACCGGCGUUAAAAGCAAAGUUCACCGUGACCUUGGCACAUGAUCCGAGCAUGAUUUCCAUCUCUAAUAUGCCAAUCAAUAGCCAAGAGACUAAAGACGAGUGGCGUUUGGAUCAUUUUGAAGAAACGCCAAUAAUGCCGACUUAUUUACUAGCCUUUGUCGUGUGCGACUUCAAGCAUAAAACUGUUACAACCCGUGGCGGAACAAAGGUAAGUGAAGGACUUUUGAAAACUAGAUGAUAUCAUUUGCCCCUUAAAUGACGCCUCACUCUAAGAGUAUAAAAGAGGAAAUCGGCUACUGGUUUGGUUCUUUCCCUGAAAAUAGCAUACAGUGGAACCCCGCCCUACGACCACCCCGUUUAUACGACCACCUCGUUAUUACGACCAUAUUCUUUCGACACAAAUGUAAAAAUCACUUAGUCAUUUUGUUAUUUUGAAGAUAAUGCGACCUCCUCGUUAUUACGACCAAGAUUGUAUGGCCCAACAGUGGCUGCAUGAACGUGGUUCCACGUGCUUGCAAAUCCCGUCUUUCCUAAACUCUAAGGAAGGCCUGACGCUCAAGCUAUGAAGUGCCAAUCGUAGUGGCGAUGUCUCUUUAAAACAUCAACAAUAAUAAUGAUUUAGCUUAGUUUUAGUAUCAGUUGCUUUUCUGUCUAGUUUUCAAAUUUUACUAUGAUAAUCGCAUUUUGCUAUUUUAAUUUUUAUUUCAUCCAUUUGUCCAAAAAUUAAGUGGCUUUUUCCUGCAAUGAAUUUUGGGGCUGUUAGAGUGGCGAUCGUCCUUGAGCACAGGAGUUCCCAUUAACCACUGGCUAACACACUAUUUUAAUAUAGUCAUUAAAGAGGUUUAAUAGCCAAUUGCCAAGUUUCAGCACUUUUUAUGAUCCUGGUACUUAAAAAGGUAAAAAGUCCGUAUGUUACUUCGGUAGCUCAAAAUGGUCAUGUGACUCACAAACCCGAGGCCGACGGUGCGCUCAUUUUACCCCCCCCCCCCCCUCCCCUCCCCCCUCACUCUCUCUCCGUUUUACGGGUAUUUGAAACUACUCCAAAGUACACGGAAAGGAAAGGCAGCAUGGUCGAGCGGUUGGAGCGCUGGACUUGCAAUUCGGAGACCCCGAGUUCAAGUCCCGCCCUGACCGCUAGCUGGAUUUGUUCACGGUAGUCCCGAGUUCAAAUCCUCGACCACGCUUGUAAAACAGCUGACUGGUUCACCUCCUACCAGUUGGGAUUUUUUUACCAUGUUUUGUUCCAUUUGUUUCAUUUAUGCUUCAUCAUCCCUGAAAAGCCCCAUAAUUAAAGUUUUAGUAGGUUGGUCGUAAUUGACCAAUCAGAUCAAUAACCAGAGUACAAUACCAUCAACUGACGUUAUACAACUCACUUUGACUCUGAAGAUGACUACCGCACAGGUUGUCGAAACGUCAGUCACUGUCAACAACAACAGUCCUAUUCAGGACUACGUUCACCCGGACGAUCAAACUCAACCUACUUUUGAAAUGACUCCUGGGUUCAAACCUUUCACAGUUAAAGUAUUAGUAUUGUUCAUGUUAUUAUAGUCGAAAGAGGAUUUGUGGUCCCAACUGGGAAUCGAGCUCGGGACCUCCCACAAAGAAGGUCGCGCACCAGCCAACUGCGCUAAUACUUGCUUGUACUUGUUAUAAUCGUUGUACUGUUUUUAUUGUUCCUGUAGAUGUCAUUUUAUGCUCCUCCAGACCAAAUAGAUCAAGUGGAUUACGCAAUGGACGUUGGAUCAAAAAUGCUAGAAUAUAUGGAGGAUUUUUUCGGCAUCCCAUACCCUCUGCCUAAGGCUGGUAAGAAUCUACUUUUGCAAAGAGCCAAAUUACUGCAGCCUGCUACACAAGCUGUACAAUUUAAAGUUAUGGAACUACGUCGUUCAUAUCCUUUAGAUCCUUUACGAUUAUGAGGGGCAAGGGCGGCGCAGUGGUGAGAGCACUUACCUCCUGGGCGACAUUAAUGUGAUCAAACCCGGGGUUGACGAUAUAUUAAGUGGGUAGACUUUGUUAAUGGCUACUCUCUCUUGCUCCGAGAGAGGUUAUUCUCUGGGUAAAACAACUUUUCCAAAUUCCAAUUCGACCACGAAUGGUAGACGAAGGACCUUUAUGCUCUAAAUCGUUAUUGAUAUGAAGACCAUUUCGAAUCUUUGUGUCUAACGUGUCUCCUUGUUGCUUUCUUUUCUUAUCUCUUCGUUUAACGGAAACAAAGUUUGCAAUACACGCUUCAGGCGUUUUUAUCAACUAAUCAUCAUCUGACAGAACCUUGUCUACUUGACUGGCCAUGCUGCACUAAUUCAAUCAUAAUCGUGUUUAGAAAAGCAAAAAGAUUAACGCUCGCGAUAUUGUAGUCAUUAACUUUUUUUACUAUGGUAGACAUGAUUGCUAUCCCUGACUUCGCUGCUGGUGCAAUGGAGAACUGGGGUUUAAUACUUUACCGAGAGACGGCACUGUUGUACAAGCCUGGUGAAUCAUCAGAAUCCAACAAGCAACGUGUGGCAUAUGUUGUAUCACACGAACUGGCCCACCAGGUUAGUUGAAAUCCCUAAUCCAUAUGUUAUCAAUUGGAUUGUCAGCUUUCUUAGUAAUAGCACAGGGUCCAGAGGAGUUUCGUGUGAAUAAAUGAAUUACGUAUACUGAUUUAAAGUCUCACCUUGAAAAAUGUCUGUACCUGUCGCUUAGCACGAUUAAUUAGCCCAAUGGGAUCUUUAUGAAUCUACUGUAAACGAUUUCUUCGCUUCUUAUCUGCUUACACCACGUACUUACCUUUUGAAAAUCAAUAACCGCAAGCCAUAUCCUCGCUGGCGCACGGCGCGUCGCCCGAAGGGUGGCCGAAGGCCGUCGCCCUCGGCGACCGAGGCACGAAGUGCCGAGUAAAAAAAAGGACAAGAGAGGAAACUUGUACCACGUGACUUCGUUCGCUGUGAACCGCAUCACUCGGUGACGGAAGUGAAUGAGACCGGAAACGCAAAAGCAACAGACCGCUGCUAGUUCGAGAAAAGAUCUCAAAGAUCUAUGCGAAGGCAACAGAGUUUUAAUUGAAGUGAAGAUCUUUCAAGACUGGACAUUUGUUGAACAUGUCAACGGUCUUCGAUGUCUUAAGCAGGUUUCGCUUGUGCAAAGGCUAGGGCUUCCCAGUAGUCGCAAAACGCACAGCCAAAGACGCAAGAGGUAACACUGUUGGGACCACCGAAGAAUGGCGCAGUCGUGAUGAUAUUACAGUUGCCUUGUACGUCCGCUCUACUCAGUGUCACGUUUUAUUGCAAGAGUACACACGUAUCCGUAAUAAUUUAACAUUCUCUAAACAAAACUAACGAGCUGGGCCCAGCGUGAUACAGCAUUGCAGAAAAACAUUACAUUCACGGACCAAAGAAAAUCGCUUAGUUAUUCAGAUCCAGAAGGCACUUUGGAGAAAAUUGGAACCCUUAUUCAGCCGUAAUAAAAAGCUUCACGCUUCAAAAGAAGUCAAAGAAUUAAUGCUCUUGCAUCAGAGGGCAAAUCCUGCCGACCAGAAACAAUAACCACAGUAAAUCGAUAUGUGUGUCAUGACCUCUCAGUGUGAAACAUGCGGCUAAAAUCACAUUUACUCAGUGAAAAUGUAGAACCUUCCAGAGCAUAACCUACCCAGCAGAGGAAAAAAACUUUAUUGGAACGAGCAGCAUUUUUGCAUGGGGUAAAAGUCGUGUAGGCUUACCAUCCGCUUUUAUUGCUCAGAUCUUGAGCACAUUUACCUUGCUACGUCAUUUCCGUCACCAUCUGUUGCGGUGCAAAGCGAACGAAAGCGCUCUCUCGAAGCCCUAAAUUUCGGUCGCCGAAAAUGAAUUUAAAGGCUUUUUUAUGCCGUUUUCCUACAGUAUUUGGCAAAUACAUAAGAAUUCUAGAUCAGGUUAGUAAAAUCAGGCGAUUUCACUCAAUUCCAUUUGAGUUUCAGGGAUCGAAAAUCGGCCCCAAAUUUGUUUCCUCCCUUUCCGCAUUUUAUACUGUAAGCCGAUCUUGCCAGCCCUCAGUCUCUUGGUUUGCGGUCUAUAGAAUGUGUAACGAAACUGUAACGCGAUCAAAAUAACCCAUUUUUUCAGAGGGUUUCGACGGGUUUUGAUGUUCUAACGACAAACACAUCUCCUCUGGACACUGUGUUAACAGGAUUCGUGCCUCGGUCGCCCUUCGGGCGACGUGCCGUGCGCCAGCGAGGAUAUGGCUUGCGGUUAUUGAUUUUCAAAAGGUAAGUACGUGGUGUAAGCAGAUAAGAAGCGAAGAAAUCGUUUACAGUAGAUUCAUAAAGAUCCCAUUGGGCUAAUUAAUCGUGCUAAGCGACAGGUAUAGACAUUUUUCAAGGUGAGACUUUAAAUCAGUAUACGUAAUUCAUUUAUUCACACGAAACUCCUCUGGACCCUGUGAGUAGUCGUGGACGGCUUUGUCACCGAAUUUGCUAGCAUUAACAGAGGGGUGCCGCAAGGUACUGUCCUCGGGCCCAUAUUGUUCUCUAUUAUGGUAAACGACAUAAGACCGGUUUACCCGGAGCGCAAUCUAUUGCUCAAAUAUGCCGACGAUCUUACACUAAGCUUACCUGUAUCACUCUUUCGUUGAGGUUAACAGCAUUCAACACUGGGCGGAAAGAAACCGUAUGAAACUAACCUCACUAAGACCUGGGAGAUGGUGGUGCAUGGCAGAAUUUCCAAACCACUGCCACCUCUGGUACAGGGGAUUGAACGGAAAAGCUGGUUCAAAUUGCUUGGCAUAAUUUUCCAGGAAAAUCCAUCGGACUUGGACCUUCAUGUUGACAAUUUGUUACGCAAAGCUAGUAGUCGUUUAUACAUUUUACGCGUUUGUAAAUAUUUUGGAUACCCUAAAGAACAACUGACAAAAUUAUUUGUUUUUUUAAUUAUGUCCCUGUUUUGAUACGGAAUUGAGAUUUGGAGAGCGGCAUAUCAAGGUAAAUACCUUGAUCGCAUUGACAAGUUUUUUAAGCGAGCGUUCAGAUUCGGAUACACCAACAACCUGUAAUAGCUGCAGUAAUCAGAAAUCGAGACUGUAAGCUAUGGAACACUAUCACGGAUACUCCUUCCCAUCCCCUUUACCAACUAUUACCCCCUAAGAAACAGAGAUUUUUGCGAAACAGAGGACAUGAUUUUAUUUUACCUGCUGUUAAAACAGAACUCUUUAAGAGAUCUUUUAUUAAUAGGUGUCUUUUUAAUUUUAAUUAAUUGUACUUGAUUUUAAAAAGAUUGCAUUGUCAUGUAUGUAAAGCCACACGUAUGUUGUGACUACCCAACUAUGAAUAAGGACUCUUAGUAAUAUUAUUAUUAUUAUUAUUAUUAUUAAAUAUUCGAAAGAAAAUCGAUAUUUUAUUUAUUCAUUCGGAAUAAUGAGGCCUAGGGACAGCAGGCCACCCUAGCUGCUGUGGUUCGUUCUCAAAAUACCUAGGAUAAGAUAAGAAAGAAAAACCUCUGGCACCCGACCAGGGUAGCGCGCGGGACAGCAGCCGAUCAGACGAUCAGAUUACCAUCCCGUUUUUCAUACAUAAGCACUUUCUUUCCAUUUACCAAAACUGAAUUUUAAGAACAUAUGAGAUAAGUCCUGACAAGUUCAGGUCAGGGAGUUUGUCUCUAACUCUGCCCAUGGUUAUUAAAGUGGAAUGGUUAUGAAGCCCAACAGACUUCUUUGUUAUAUGUUUUUGUGGACUUGACCGUGCACAACGUUCAAUAGCAUUGCUAUCAUUUUGAACUGACUGACCAAUAGAAACAUCGCAUUAAUUUAAUCAGUCACAAUUUGGGAACUAAAAACAAAGGAUUGUGCCCGGUCAGGGAGCUUUCAACAUAAACUACAGCAACAUUGUUUUCUCUUUGAUGUUUGCCGACUUUCAUAACCAGUUCACUAACUAUGCUCUGACCCGUCACGCGACUACUGACCGACUUGACCGGGGCCAUAACAAAUUAAGAUUACAAAUUUUCUCGUCACAUGACAUGCAAUGCAAGUCUGUCUUAAUAGGCACCAAAUUCUCUCAAAAGGCAUGCAAAUAUUUUCAAAAUGGCGGUUCGCGACGAUUUUCAACAUUAACUUUUUUCAGCCUUUUUUCGAUGGAUCGGAGGAAUACAUCUCUUUUUCAUAAAUGGCCCAAUCACUAGUAAACAAGUUGUGGUGAUUUCCGUGACGCAAAAGGUUGCCUUGGCAAAGUGAAACUCUUUAACACGUGCCCAAUUUUGGCUUUAUGUGUUGAAGACUCGAAGACGAAUUUGGUGAGCCCCAUUUUAAUUGUCAAAGUUUAUUCAAUAUUUCGGGAUUUAAUUGAUCACAAAAAUAAAAAAACUAAGAAAACAGAAACGGAUUCAGAACUGCCUGAAAUGUUCGCAAAAUGUUAUGUUUUUGAUGGUAAGACUUGCCGGUAAAUUUACAACACAAGCAUCUAUGAACUCUUCCUCACUAACAACUCCUCUUUUAUUUGCUGCCUUGUAUAGUGGUUUGGUAAUUUAGUCACAAUGGAAUGGUGGGAUGACCUGUGGCUUAAUGAAGGAUUUGCCAGCUUUGUAGAGUAUUAUGGAGUCAAUCAUACAGAGCCUGAGUGGAAACCGGUAACUUAAGUAACGUGUAACAAAUUUGGAAACCUAUAGACAGGGAUCGGAAAAAAAAAAGCUUAAAUUAGGGCUUAUCAACUCUCCCAAUUUGCUUCCUCACUGGGCCACUUCUCCCUUGUCUUUAUAAUAUUUAAUGAUUUUGUUAGAGGAUGGCUAGCCUGAACACUUGCCCCUUGGGCAAACAAGCUUUAAAAGUAACUAGCCCAGCAAGAAAAUCUAGUUGUCCGGGACUACCGGACGGGCUUUUUUCUAGCCCUGAUAGUGUUAGCCAUUCCACUGUAAAUUGCAAGGCAAAUGCCCUGGGUCGGCAUAGUAUGAGCCGAGUUUUCGGACUAGCCUUUUCUGUCUUCAUGAAGCGGAGAGAAAAGGAUCUAUCUUCCUCUGUACUUUAACGCAGCCAAGUCUGAUACAGUGAAACCUCGAUAUAACAAAGUGCCAAGGGACUGGCAAAAUGUGUUCGCUAUAAAGAGGUUUCGUUAUAUCGAAGUUCUUUUUCAUAUAGACUUUACCAUUACUGGGGAAACGAAAAUCGUUCAUUACACCGAGAACUUAUAUAGAGGACUUGUAUAGAGGACUUGUAUAGAGGUUCGUUACAUAGAGGUUCCACUGUACAUGUAUAUUGGAUCUUGCGGUUUUAUAGCACGUUUAUACGAUUUUAGGUCACGUGAGUAAGUUACGUCAUAACUACAAACGGCUGCCAUCUAGACUGUGCAUCACGAAAAAACUUAAAAUGCCUAAAUGGGGGAAAAUUUCCCGUUGUAUCCGAUAUAGUUGGCACUGCAAGCAGAUUAGCAUGUAUAAAAUACGAAAGGUAUUAAGAAUUAUCUUGCAAACAGGUCAAUGUGGGAAACGAACGCUUACCAGCCUCAGUUUAGACAUUUACAGCCAAACUGCAACUUUAUUUGUAAAUUCUAUUAGAAGAGGAGCCCAAAAAGCCUUCAUUUUUAUGACAAUAAAUGGAAAGCUAAAGUGUGUUCUUUUGUAUGUUUCGUUCUUAGCUUGAACGGUUUGUGGUAGCUGAUAUGGUGUCUGCAUUUUCACUCGACGGUUUGCAAAACUCUCACCCAAUCAAGGUUCCCGUCAAUCAUCCGGAUGAAAUCAAUGAAAUAUUUGACUCUAUCUCAUAUAAUAAGGUAUUCCUUAAAACACAUAAACAAACGUCACUGAUAACUAAUUAAGAUAUUUAAUUUGUGUGGAAGCGAUUGAAUUACGAAGAAUACGGUCUCUCUCUUUUUUUAAGUUUGUUAUCGAGACUUUGCACUAUAGACUUGCUUUUAUGUACAAAGGCUACCCAACUCACUUUUAGAUAAAAGAGGAUAACUCAACAUCUAAUACAGUGAAAGGUUUGAACCCAGGAGUAGUUUUAUAAGUAGGUUGAGGAUGAUCAUCUGGGUGAAUGUAGUCCUGAAUAGGAGUGUUGUUUACAGUGAUUAACCUGUGCGGUAGUCAUCUUCAGAGUCAACGGGAGUUGCAUCACGUCAGAUGAUGGUAUAAAAACUCUGGUUAUUGACCUGAUUGGUCUCUUACGUCGCGAUGUUAUUGGCUAUGAAGACUUGUGAUGAUCUAAUGCUGUUCACCAAACAAAUUUAAUAGAAAUAUGCGGUGUUGAUUUAAUUUCAUUUUUUAUGUUAUCUUACCUUUUAAAGUCCUAUUGUAUGAUUGUAUAUAAUCCAACCUUUUUUGAGUUAAAUGCUAAUAGAAUUAUUGGCUGUUUAUAGGGAGCCACAGUCAUUCGCAUGCUUAAAUUCUUCCUCGGGGAAGCUGUCUUUUUGAAAGGUCUAAAUGUAAGUUGAACUGAUUUGACUUCACUGGAGUGGUACUGGUAUUUAUGUCACCAUGAAAGUUUUAUUGUUUCUUUCCUGUUUAGCCUAAAACCGGAACCCUUACCCUUAAUAAUCGUUCAAGAACGAACUUGGCUUGUCCAAAUUUUCUGAGCUCUCAUAACGCAAUGAUGUCAAUCAAAUUUUACUAAUUGAGUACCAUUACGUCAAAAAUACCUUAAAUAUUACAACGAAAAGUAAGGAGAUGAAUAGUUAAUGCUUAGUUAAUCAUAAGUUAACAAUAUCUGUUCCAAAGAACGUUAUUUUUGUUUCUACCAAAUAUUAUUAUUUUUUUUCUUUCCUUUUCUUUCUAGUUAGUUUUACCUUUAAAGUUAAUAAAUGUUUGGCCAAGCAUGUGUUUCAAAAACUGGAAACGUCACCAUGAACAACUAUCUGUUUUAGAAAAUGUUGCUGGCUAAAUGUUCAGAAAAAAAAUACAAAGUUUGAGCGGUUCUGUCGUAAGAAUUUUAGAAUUGCUGGCCUCUUGCUCAUUUGGUCCGAAUUGGAGAUUUACUCCCUUCUAUUAGAUGUUACAUUCACUUGGUAUGUGCAACGGUGAAGGGUGUGUUUCUUAGUCUUGCAGAUUUUACCCAUUGUGAAAUACGGUAGGAAACAUAAACAGUGUAACAUUUUAGCUCGGUAGACGUUAGGGUGGUAAAUAAACGAUUGAUUGAUUGAUUAAUCCAUCGAUCGAGAAAUCGAGGCCGGAAGUAACACCGUGUUUCUUUGUGACGUAUUCUAUAGCGUUACCUCAACAAACAUCUGUAUGGAAAUGCAGUCACAGAUGACUUGUGGAAAGCUCUUGAAGAGGUAAUUUCAAAUCAGUUCUGGUCCCUGCUCUGAAUUAGACAUUAAACCUGAUCCGUCAGAGAAGUUUGUAUGGGAAAGUUGCCUUCACCUGAAAAUUUACGUCGUCUUUAAAAAUUUUUUUCGUCAAAAGAAAAACUAUGUUAAACAUGGAUGAGUGAUUUUAUUCCUAGUGCAGUGUCAUUACCGUGUGUAUAAUUUGUUCCGGCAUUUCACAUUGUUAUAGAGAAUAAAAUAUAGAGAGAGUAUUUCCCAAACGUAGCUUUAUAACCAUAUUAUGCUGGCUUGUCCUUCAGUUUGACCAGGAGCUUCGUUUGUGUCUACUUUAUGGAAGAAAAACCUCCAGAGCACCAAUUUUGUUUUCAGCCCUUAAGGAAAUCCAGUUAAUUUAAUUCACUGCAGUAUCUGUUUUGUUGCGAAAGAGCUGCUUUAAGGCUUCUUUCUAAUUUAGCCGUAUAUCAAAGAACGCACUUGAACACUCGGUACGCCACAAUUUUUCUCUGUAGGAGAGUUGUGUACAGCCUGGCGGCUGUAAAAGCGUCAAGCAGAUGAUGGACACUUGGACGCUGCAAAUGGGUUACCCUGUGUUAACAUUUACGAAGAAGAGUGGAAAUACAUAUACCGUGUCACAGGAAAGGUUUCUUUACGACCGCAACGCAAAUGUAACGACAAAGUACACGAGCCCAUUCAAGUAAGUUCUGAACUUAAGUAUUGAUAUGAAAUUGUUAAUUGUUAAUAAUGAUUGUAUGAAAUGGACUUGACUUGAAACUCUCAAAUUUUAGUGGAAACCCACCAACAUUAGCAGUUAUUGAAUGAGGCUGAGUAUGAUGUGAAGAAUUAUGCAAACCUAGGAGGAUGUUAUCCACCGAGCCUGAAGGCUGAGGGAUUCGAACCAAUCAGAGCGGUGAAAUAUUUUGAAUGAAUAAUAAUUACAAUUACAAUGGAGCCCUGUUGGUAAGAAAAUCUGGUAAUAUCAAGAGAUUUCCAUUUGGUUCUUACGACCGACUGUGGCAGGCUCCCGGGGGGGUACUCCCUAAUAUGGGCUAUAUAGGUAUGUGCGGCCCCAAAGGGUAGGGUUUUUCAGCCGUUUUGGUCAUAAAUUGGGUAUCGAUUUUGGCUAUUUUUCCGCCAUUUUGGUCAUAAAUAGGGUAACGAUUUUUGCACUGUAGUCUUGAAUGCACUUUUUUAGAAGAAGGUACUUCCUUAUCAUGUCCCCCUCCUUCCAUCCGCGCUUUGCCUUCCUCUCCACCGGCUGCUUUGUAGGCUAGAAAAUACAAGCAACAAAAGCCCUUCACAAAAUAGGGUAUCAAAUUUUUGGUUAGGUCAUAAAUAGGGUAGGGAAAAUCGCAGAUUUUGGUCAUAAAUAGGGUAAGGGUUUUGGGAAGCGGGCCGCACACCCCUACCCAAUUUUUCUGCAGUACCCCCCCGGGGGCACGCUUACCCAGACUGAAAAAAACGGCCAUUCGUUCCUGUAUACAUAUCAUGAUCAAAGACAAAGGUGUUAAAAGGGGUUUAAAUUGUACCGCUCGACCUGCCUUACCCGGACUCAUGUGCUCUACCGAACGAGGAUUAUGCAGUCUUCCCAUGAUUCCAUGCGGCAAUUUUUCGCGGUUUUUUGCGUGUAACGUGGCCAUUUUGGAUGCAUCGUGAGCGUCAUUUUUCGACCAACAAUACACACUUUAUUAAAGAACAUACAGUUACAAUUUGAAUAAUACCUACCCACAAAUAGUCUCCAAUCGAGGCAUAUUUUGUAAUUUUUCGUUAAACACCGAUACCAAAAUGAAUUAAACGUCUAUGAAACAUUUAUAAAUACAUAAAUUUCCUUUUAAAAAAGUAAUUUCCCUGACCAUCGAGUAAAAAAUGUACCUCAUGCAAAAUUCUCCAAAACGUCGCUGCCUUGGUUGCAUUUCAAAACAGGUCAAGCGCUCCACCGUGAAGCAAAUAAGGUUGAAUACCUCGAAGAACAAUUUCAUAAUGAAAAGCUUUCCUUUGCCCACAAAAAGAAAACCGAGCUUUCUUUUGAACUUUCUCCAUAACCUGUACAAUGAAUGGAAAUCUCACGUCGUCGAGUUAAUCCAAAAUUCGCCUGUUGACCGGUAACAUAUUCUUACGCCUCUUCACCAAAGAACUGACAAAAACGAAUUGGCCGAAGACCACAUUCAGCCGUAAGAAUUGCAGAGAAGGUACUGUAAAGUCGAACUUGGUAUUCAAAUCGCAAGAGUGCGGGUAAAUCACGUCUGUAUCUUGCCCGAAGACGGGAGCUUAAUGGAGUUUUUUACUCAAUGCAUCCAUCUUUGAAGUGAUGACGUCGCAAACCAAUUCGAUAAUAUAUUCUGGCGCAGUACAUCAUGGGAAGACUGCAUAAUCCUCCUUUUACACUACCAUUGAGUCAACUUAUUUCUUUGUGGUUAUCCGCUGAACAGUUGUCACGUUUCUUGGAUCGUGGGCUUAAUUGCGAUGGUUGAACAUUGAGUUGUUUCAACGUAAAUGGUUAGUAUUUAACAGGAGCUUCGCUACUAGGCUGAGCUAAAUUUAUAACUGUAAAGUGAAAAGGCAUUGGCGUCCAAAAAGCCGACAUUCUGAGCAUGUUGAACUAGUCACCACUAACAUGAGUGAAUUAUCAUGUCGGGAAUGUUUUGGUGACCUGUUUAAUGCGUUUGGAAUCGCAGGAUUUGGAUUGAAAUUAGUUCUUGGCUUUGACCCGUUUCUCGAAAUUCCCGGUAACUUCUUUCGGGCCAAAAGCCAAAUAUUAAAAUCCAUCAAACCAGUCCAUAGGUAAGUGAUACUGUUAUCACAUUUUCAGCAAAACUAAAUUUGCGCUUAAUUUUUCCCCAAUCGCCGAUAUUUCUCUAGUUCUCGAGUAUGUUUACUUUACUUAGCUUUAAUCAAUAGGCCUCAUGUCUUUUUUUUAUCAUUUUAUUUUAGCUACACAUGGGUUGUACCGUUUACAUACAUAACCCAGGCUAACAAUCAGACUAUUUCCAAGCCGCUAAAUAAAACUUCAGGUAGGAACUAAACGAUGUCAUAAUCAACGCGUGUCUUUGUAUUGCAAUUUGCUGUAGUUAUUAUUUGUUGUUGUUGUUGUUGCUCCAUUCUUGGAUACAUCGUUUACAUCAUUCAAUUGCCAAUCUCCCUUAAAAACGUUUUUUAGCGUAGUUAACGCAUUAUCCUCCUACUUAGGAAAUAUUUAUAAUCAUACGGCUGAUUUCUUCCCCUCUAGUACAGGCCUUUAAGUAACUACGAAGACUCUUCCCCGAAAAUGGCACGUGCACCACUACUCGAUACGAUAAUCAUACGGCUGAUUUCUUCCCCUCUAGUACAGGCCUUUAAGUAACUACGAAGACUUUCCUCUCACAGGUCUUCCCCAAAAAUGACACGUGCACCACUACUCGAUACGAUAAUCAUACGGCUGAUUUCUUCCCCUCUGGUACAGGCCUUUAAGUAACUACGAAGACUUUCCUCUCACAGGUCUUCCCCGAAAAUGACACGUGCACCACUACUCGAUAGUGUGUUCAUUGAGUUCAUUCUGGUGAAUAAGAAUUAGUGAAUAAGACUCAUUUUGAAAGAUAUGUCACUCAUUCAGGGGCAUGCACGCGUCCCUUGUUUGCAGCUGAGUUUUCUGUUGAAGCACUUCUAUCACUAACUUUUCAAAGCAAUAUACGAUUCAAGGUUUCUUUUAUUUUUGUACGACCGUUGAGAUAGAAUGCUUACUGUAACGGGCGCCAUCCUAGUUUAUAGUUUUAAAUGUACCUAGGACGCUGGGGCAUAUACCGGUGGAUUUGAUUCCCCUCCUCAGGUUACACUCAGUAUAUAUGAAACCAAGAUGGUACGUGAGAUCAGGCCCAAUUUGUGCAGCUUUCAUAUUUACCAAGCAAAAGGAUGAUAGAGCUUGAUCUCAGGUUACCAAGAUGGCCGCCCGACUGACAGUAAACGCUGGUAUUUGACUAUCUAAACAGGACAACCCAAAAAUUACGUGCAUGCAUCCAGAAAUUUUUUAAAACUUAGGUCAACAUUUGCGGUGAUUAAAGUGUUACAAUAUGCCAGUAUGCUGCUAUGUACAUCCUUUCUGUUUGUUUGUUACAUUUUUGUUUGAAGACGAGCUAGGCGCAAUUUGCAAAGCAAUCAGAUUCAUCCUUGGGUGUGGUGCUUAUACAAUGAAACAUUUAUUCAGCCGACAUCGAUAAGGCAUUCGUUGGUGCCCGCUAAUAGAGAUGUCCCCUAAAUAAUGGUUCAUUUUGCAGAAAAUAUGGGAAUAAACUUUUAAAACAAACUGAGCCAUUCGUCUGCUCAACACAGGGUGUCCGCUAAAUGUGUCGUCAGCAGGUUUUAGUGUAUACAGUAAGUGAAACUCUCCACUUUUUUCGGAGGAGUCAAGGUAGAGUCAACUCUCUUUUAACAGGCACCACGCUAAAACUGACACGUAGAUUUGGUCCCUGCCUUUCGUUUCUCCUCUUUAGUUGGUUUUCAAUAAGACGGACAUCUCUCUAAGACGAACACGUGGUGUUGGUCCGAAAGGUUUUCGAGAGAGUUGACUAUACAUUUGUUAGAAAGUUUAACACCUGGACUGGACUCAUGCAGUAACUUUCUCACGCGUGCAUUAAUGUGUGUUUUUUGUAGUUGAAAUCAGCUGGGAUGGAAGUGGCUGGCUCAAGGGAAAUGUUGGUCAAACUGGAUUUUACAGAAUCAAUUAUCCUCAACAGCAAUGGAAGCAGCUAACUGGCCAAAUGAACAUAAACCAUCUGGUGGGUAUUAAUGACCCAAGACUUUAAUAGGAAUAAGGGUUUAAAGAGCUGAUUUAUUUUCUUUUAAAAUGUUCAAUGUUGUUCAUGAGACGGAAAAGAAAUGUACAAAAAGUGUAAUUGAAGUGCACAUUGAGCUUGGUGUUAAGAGUAUAAACCCAUAGCUUUUUAACUAGCCUGAGAAAACAGCCGUCAUUUCGCGAAGCCACCAACGUUUUCCCCACGAAAUGACGUCUGAGAAAAGACGGCAGAAAUUCCAUACUGAUGAUGCGUCACUAUCCGGGUCUGGAUAGUGCUUCAGAUCAUAGACUAUUGGAUUGGUCUUGCCGGAUGGGAUAUUUGCUUUAACCAAUCAGAAGCACUACCCAGGUCUGGGAAGUGGCACGUUAUCAGAACGGAAUUUCUGCGCUCGUUUCUCAGACGUCAUUUCGCGCGAAAACCAGUGGUGGAGUUGCGAAAUGUCGGCUUUUUUCUCAGGCUACUCUUUAUCUUUGUUGCUACCGUCGUCUUUGUCGUUUAAAGCCCUGUCCUCACUUGGGACGUAAGACGCAAGUACUUGCGACGCCCUUUGGUUUAAGUAGGGACUUUUUUGGGUUUUCAAAACAAUCUGAAGUUCGUUGGUGUUGCCGGGGUAUCCCGGCCCCAAACACAAACAUUCCAUAUCUAACUUCAGUUUUCGUGUUAUAUCAUUUACUGCUCUCUGGAAAUUGGUCCAGGGAUUUUUUGAGGUUUUGUUGGAAGCCCUAGGGAUUUUUUGGGGGUUUUGAUUUUUGCAACCGUUCAAUCAUCCCCGACACUUGAAAUCCAGAGUACCCCCUGCGACUAGGCUUUGGUGGGACAGCGCACGUGUAUGUUUAUAUUACGUCAAUGAUAAUGAUAAUGAUGGAGCUAGGUUUUACUCCAAGUCUAAUGCCAAUAAUAGUAUUGUAAAUUAUGCUGUUCUUCUGUUUAUAUCAACGUUGACCGUGCCAAAGGUGAAUGAUUUUGUAAAACUGAUUUGCAGGAAUUCCAAGUAACAGACCGUGCUGGGAUGUUAGAUGAUGCUUUUAACCUAGCCAGGUAUAUCUAGACGAAUUCUGCUAUAACAAAUUGCUCAAAUCUGAUUGGUUCCUCUGCAUCCCUUUCUAAUUCUUAAUUUUGUUGUUGAAUCACCACCACUGUCCGAUUUUAGUUUGCUUCUGACCAGUUAGGUCAAGCCAAUGAAGAGUAAAAGCGCGAGCCAGUAAACAAGAGUUCUUUUGUUGCCUUCAAUAUAUAUUUAGUUUCGCGUUACCCUAGAAGAGUAACUAUUCUGCCUUUUUUUCCUAUAUUUGUAUAUUUUUGUGUUAUUUUGUAUUCAGUUUAAAAAAGAGUAAUGUGCAAUCUGUAUAUCUGGUACAUUUCGUACUUCACUUUUAAAAAUAAGAGGUUUAUUUUGUUUCGCAUUAUUAAUACUAAACAUGAUCAUACUUAUCAUAAUCCCUCCUUGUAAUCGUCGCUUUUAUUUUUCUUUUCCAUCAUAAUGACUGAUUCGGUAGUAAAUGGCUACUAAACCUAGUGUAUUGUGUUCAUCUAGAGCUGGAUACAUCAAGUAUACUGUUCCGCUAAACUUAACGAAGUACAUGUCAAAAGAAGAUGAAUAUGUACCUCUGGCUGCAGUAGCUUCUGGGAUGGACUAUGUAAGCGGCAUUGUACCGCAGUCAAGCCCGGCAUCUAAGUACCUAGAGGUUAGUUCACAUGCCAACGCUUUAGUUCUCUCCCCAGUUAACUGUCAGUUGUCAGGGGCACCCAGCAACUGUUUUCUGUUUUCAGAUACAAAUUUUUUAGCGCUCCUUAAAAUGUAAUUUCUAGAUAUCUUAAAGUAUUCUGGACAGCCUAAAAAGUAUUUCAAUGUAUUUAGGAGGAAACCGUCGUUGGGUGCCCCCGAGUUGUAAAGGCCAUUUAAACGACUGUGCCACACCUGUCUAGUUCCGUUUUUUAGUAUUGCCUAUUACGCAGUCCUUAAUUCUCUAUGGAACUCAACGUUAGUGCAGAAAUUACGGGUAAAUAACAAAACCACAGCUUCGUGUCAAACGAAAGUGUCUCCCAAGCAUUAUACGUUACAAACAUUCAUAUUCCAUUCAGCUUGAUGGCAGUUCCUACUGUUUGUACUUUGAUGCAUUUGGUGACACAGCUCCUUUAAAUAGAUCCAACGUGUAUUGCUGGGUGGUGAUGGAUCCGUUAAAAUUGGCCCAAAGGUGAAACCGUACCCACAGGUCAAUUAAUUCAGUCUACACAGUGUUAAUUUUUAAUCCCUGACACCUGCCGAACACUUUGUCUCUACCCGGCUAAUUUGUUGCUACCCUGGUCACUUUCUAUUGUGGCCCCUACAAAACCAGUGUAUUUCGUUAUUCAUAUUUGUUUAAAAGAAGCAAAAGUAUAAAACAUUAUUACACUCACAAAGAAAUCGGAGGCUGCAGGUAGUCCAUCUCGCUUAAAAAAGUAUAAAUCGGUUAGUUCUUCUCGCAGUGCAUGGAAAAUAAGCCAAACCGGUGACGUUUUCUGCGAGAACCCGGUGAGAACUCUGGGUCUGUUCCAGAUAGGUGUUUAAUUCAUUCAAACUGUUCUAAAGUCGUCCAAAAUAUUUCAACAGGUUUUCAAACUAAUCGAACGUGUUACGUCCAAAUUUUGUAGGAUGAAGCUGGACCAACAUGUACCAAAUCUUCGAGCAAACUCAUCGGCAACACUUGAAACCUAAGUUAUUCCAAUGAAAAAUUAUGUGCACCGAAAUAGUUUUCAAGCAGAAACCUUUUCAAGAACCUCAUUGCGAUUCAAUCAGUUUUUCAGGUGUUACAAGAGCGAAUAAUAUUCACAUUGUCAAACAGUUCUUUACUUCGUAAGUUAGUCAGAUCAAGAGCCAUAAUAGUCUCAUUGUAGCUCUUGCUCAGAUAUAGAAGGAUUUAUUAUCCGUACUGACACCAAAAACCAAAAGCACUCGUAAAAUUUACACACGUUUAGCCAAUUUUCUUAUAGAAUGUGUUUAUAAAAAGUUUUAUUUUAAUAUUUGUUUUAGAAAUAUCUUCAACACCAACUGAUGAACCAGUACAAAAAACUUGGGUUUAACGACACUGGAAGCCACCUUGAAAAGCAAGUGAUUCUUAGCUAUAUAUCUUUUUUGUUUUUCUGCUACAGUAUACCCUUUUAUCAUACUUCACUUUCUUUUGAUCUAAUGCUGAAACUGUUGCAUCAGUGGACAAAAUCCUAUGGUUUUCAUGAAGUAUGAAGUGAAACCUCGUUGGCAGAACUUGUACAUAGUGCUUUUUAAAUCUAAGGAUUCUACCAAUUGAAAAUAUGUUGUAGUUAAUUUGUUAUGACAGAAGAUUUUUGUUUCUCCUUUGUUUUUGGGUAUGGAAACGUAUGCUAAUGAAGUCAAAACAAAGUAAAAAUAAAAAUUAACUACAAUAUCUUUAUCAAUUAUUCCUCGAGCCCGAAUGGGCUCUGAGUCAAUAGGGGAAAGGAAUAAUUGUUUUUUAGUGAAAUCCAACUAGUUGGUCCAAAAUAUCGAGACAAAACAACUUUAGCUAGCAAAGGCGAUUCAGCCGCCAUUGUUUUGGUUUUCAAAGUCGGCGCUUUUCGCUACUAGUGGGCUGUUACAUAUAUCCUAGUAGUAGCUCAACCAAUCAGAACGCAGCAUUGAUGAUAGACCACUAGUUGGAUUUUAAUAGUUAUUAUAAUUUUGGAAAAUUGUACUAUGUCUACUGUCAGGAGAAAAAGGAUUACUGUCAACUCACGCCUUGCAGACACCUCGUUAUAAUAUGGACAGCGACUUAAUCCCCGGCAAAAACAUUACAGACGUUUGACUGAAAUAAACUCCCGCUCUUACGGACUCUCGCUAAUGAGAGCACUAACUCGAGGUCCCUACGGUGUCCGCAAUAAAGGGAGUUGAGUCUAAUCAGCUGACAAUGUGUUUUUCUUACAGAUAUAAGAGAAACUUGGUUUUAAGUGCAAUGUGCUCUGCAGGAGAACCUUCCUGCCUCACAAACGCAUCGACCUACUUUAAGAAAUGGAUGGCAGAUCCCGUUCAGAAUCCGUAAGUAAAUCAAAUAGACGCCACGCGGGAUAAACGGGCAAAAUGAUCAUUUUGUCCAGAAGAUGUUUUAAGCAAAUAUUUCAGUUGAAAGGAUCUUGCUCAAUACAUUAAAUCGAUUUGCGGAAAGAUAUUCAUGCAUCUGAUUUGGGAAAAUUGCGCAGGGGACCAAAUAGUUUUAUGUUGCACAAUCCAAUCUCAGGCGAUGGUCCUGGCACGAGGUAGAACGUUAGUAGUGUCUUCUUAGCGGAUUUGUGAAACAUUAAAUGUCGUUUAUUGAAAAAAAAAGGCAUGCUUGGGAAUAGGGGUUGAUCCGGGGUUUUACCUGUACCAGGGUGCCCGUUUGGCCGGAUUUCUAGUCCAACCUUGCAGAUUUACCAAACUUAUAGUUGGUUAUUUUCUACCUUUCAUCGACAAAAUAAUUUAUGCUGUGUGUUUUCUUCCACUUGAGUUUGUAAAAGCAAAUUGCGCCAGGCUUGACUGUACAAGACGAGAAGGAAGCAGUAUUAAUGGACGUUUCUCAGCGUUAAUUUCUGAGCUGAACACCUACGAGGGAAAAAGAAGCUAGUCAGAGUCUCAGUUGAUCUGUGGUAGACUGAUACACAUUGCACUUAAUCGUAAUCAUUAUAAUCAUCGUAUUUGGUGGAGAACCCGGGCCUAAGAAUAAAAUAUUGUUUCGAUCCGCGAACCUGAUGGAUCAUUCAGCCUUAUUACCCCUCUAAACAGUUCCUUUACGGCGGCGCUCUGAACAUUUGACACUUGAACUACAUUGAUAUUUUUUCUGUGUAUAUCAUACUUUUAGCGUUCCAGCUAACUUCCGUUCGUUAGUCUACUUUUAUGGAAUAAAGAAUGGUGGAGUGAAGGAGUGGGAUUUUGCCUUUGGACAAUUCCAGAACACAACAGUUGCAAGUGAAAGAAGAAAGAUUUUGUAUGGUUUGUCGGGCGUUAGUGAACCUUGGAUCAUACGCAGGUACGGCAUUAAUUAUCCUAAGAUUUAGAAUCCAAUAACUCUAUAGAAUCCUAAAAGUGUGACGUCAUAAGAUAUUUAAUUUGUGAAACUAUGGGAUUUGUCAGAAUAUUCUGAAAGAAAAACAUCCAAAUGGUCUACUUACCAAAAACUAGUAUUUCGGGGCAAACUGUCUCUGAGAUACCAGCCGUGUUUUGCUCUGAUUAGUCCAUACAAAUUCCUCUAAAUUUGCCUUAGUUCAAAGAUCGAAAAAUGCCUACUUGGCAAAAACUAGGCUAAGCAUUUCGGGGGAAAUUAUACAAAUCCUUCUAAAUUUGAUUCGGUUCAAAAUUGUAGUUUUUGGCAAGUAGGCCUUUUCGAUUUUGUUCUUUCAGAACAUUCCGACAAACCCCCAUAAUUUCCCAAAUUUAAUUUAUAUGACGUCAUCACUUUAGAAGAAUAUUUCACUGAACGCGACUUCAUGUGCUUAAUUUGUCGCUCUGCCAUUGGCCAAUUUGGUUUUCAGAUCUGCGCGCGCUGUCUUCACCCGUUUACUCGGGUAUAUUUAUCAUGAAUGGGUGGUCGCGUUUACCUAACCAUAACAAACCUUUUCAGGUUAUAACUGAAUUCUGCAAAUUGUUAUCCAUCUGGUAUCCAAUGUAUUGAUGCAUUGUUAGUUGACUUGUAUAAUCUCUCCUCAGCUAUGCCUGAUGCAAAUAUGUUGUGAAAUAGCUUCAAUUUAUUCUUUUUAAAGAUAUCUGCAAUAUUCCAUUGAUCCUACCAAGAUAAAGAUGCAGGAUACUGCAAGAGUUAUAGCGUACUUGUCAAUCUAUAACCCUUUAGGGCGACAGUUAGCGUGGCAGUUUGUUAAACUUAACUGGGACCAUAUUCUGGAAAAGUAAGUGUGUGUCACUUCUAAUUAUAGACUCUACUUUUGCUCGACUUUUGAUUUUUAAAAAAAAAGGCUGCAUUUCCAAGCUGCGUUUAUCCAAGAUAUCUUUCUAUUAUAAGAGAUUACUGCAACGUUGUAUAUCUAAACAUUUGCUUUCGUACAUUUAUAUUUAUUUACAGUUUUACAUCUUAUACGGUCGUGCCAUACAUGUCCAGCCUCAAAUGUCCAAGCAUUCGUGUCUCUUGUGUUUCUUUGUUUGCCUUAAUUAUAAGCAGUUUAGCAGGCAAAUAGAUCUGUAUUGAAGAUAUUGAAGCAGGUGUGAGGAGGCUUCUAUAAUAUGUGUUCAUAUUAGAGAGCUUUAGAUUCUAGAACGACUACGAGAACGAAAUUUUCUCAAUACUAAGUAGUGCUCGCGCGUGAGGCAGCGUCAUUUUGGCGGGAAAACGUGGUAGCCGUCUUCAUUCUACUACGCGUUUUAGCGAGAGUGACGUAGUGGGGGGAACAAGUUAUCAAAUGUGAGAAGUUUUAGCAUUUUGGAAUCGGGAGAGGUCUUAACUGUCCUUCAAUAACGAUAACAGUGCGUAUACUACUACAUGAGAAAUUUCUGCAAUUUGAUUGGCUCAGAGCAGUGGUAUUUAAGCUUAAUUUGAAAUACCUUUUGCGGGUAGUAGUAUAAACAAAUAAUAGCAUGAUUUGGACGUGAUAUUUGGCAUGAAUACCACUCGUGAUAUUUCAAAAUUGUCUUAAAUUUCACUCACCUAACGGCUCGUGAAAUUACGUAUAACAAUUUCGAAAUAUCGCUCAUGGUAUUUAUACCAAACAUCACUACAAAUCAUGCUAUUACCUAUACUAACUUUUCUGGUGAAAAAAAGUACUAUGAAGUAUUCCGGGGUGUCCAUUUUUUAACAAUACGGCGAAAAACCUUUCAAUCAAAUCUCGUACUCGUAGUCGUUCUCGGGUCUCUAUUGACAUGUGUAAGCGACUAAUUAUAAGUGGAACCCAAGAUGUGAAAUCUAGCCUGAAUUUCAUCCGAUUGCUUCGAGUCGCUUUCUCCUCUCAGCAACAUGCAUAUGGAGUUCGGAUGAAAUUCAGGCUAUGUGAAAUCUUGUUUAAACAGAUUUUCAUUAACCCUUAGGUUUGGUGGAGGAUUUUUCGCUAUCAGAACUGUAAUUUCAAGCGUGACAGGAGGAAUGUCGACUGAAUUCGAACUUCAAGAUGUAAGUCAGCAAUCAUAUUUGACUUAAAGACUUGUUUAAAAAAAAUACAAUGAUAUCUCUAUAAAGCGACCACCCUUUGGGAAGGGGAAUUGGUCGCUUAGAACAUGCUGGUCACUUAACAGAGCUUGUGUUUUCCAGCACUUUUGUGAUAGAUCUAUCCUUCUGGGCUUUGGCAACUGGCCGCUAAAUAGAGGUUCGACUAAGCAUCUAGUUUAGUUAUCUGAGCCUUUUUUUUUAAUCUAAGAGCCAGAAAGAUGCCACCAGUUUGAUCAAGCUUACAUAGUUUGGAUUUAAAGCCCUUAAUUACUUCCAUUAUCCGUCUUUCCCUUCCUAUUUCUCAAUGAUUGUUUAGAAAUCAGAUGAAAACGUACUCCUCACUUGUGCAUCCUUGAUUUGUUCAUCUAAAAUCGUUUUGUUUGAGAAGUAAUAUCAAACAUUCGACUCAGUUUUUCAUCACGGUGAUGUCUUCUCUGGAUUUAUUUCUUCAUCCCGCAGUUCAAAUCUAUGAAAUUCAUAUAUUCAUUUUUUCGUCUUCAUCUUCCCCAGUUAUACUACGAACCAGCCUAGUCCCUAGGCGUUUUCGGCUCGGUCAAUCCUGGACUCUACCGUGAGCUGUGACGUCACCGAGAGAUACUCUUUCCCAGACUUCGCGCGGACAACGGGGCAAGAGAGAACGCCUAGGGACUAGGCUGACUACGAACCAAUUUAAUGACCAACUCCCAGUUGACUUGCUAGCUCACGUGGUUAGAGCGCUGAAACGGUAUUUCAGAGGUCAAUGCGGGUUCGAAUCGCGUAACUAUAAGCCUGAUUUUAUUCGCUUUCUAGUUCAACUGCAUAAGUUGCGUUUUUAAAUGUGAUGAUAUUCCUCUGCAUUUAAUAUCAAACUCCUCGAGGUUCGUCAAAAAUACUCCGCUGCUGAGCGCUGUAUUUUCAACUCUCUUCUUAGUGUCUGACAUCUUGAUAAAACACUGUGACUCGUUUGAGACAGUACUUCUGCACUGCUCACUUUUUUUAAGGCCACUUCCUCUUUUAUUGACGAAAGUUAAUUUAGCUGGAUGAAUACCUUGCUAAGAAGAGCAGCGUUAAAAUGUCAUGAAUUUGUCAUAUACUUAGUCUAUAAUUCCUUUCGUCUUUCUAGUUGAAAAGCUUCAACGAAAAACACGCUGGCGGUUCUGGAGCGCGGGCCCAACAGCAGGCAGAGGAAAGAGUGUUGGCAAACAUUCAAUGGCGCCAGCAACAUGAGCAGGAUGUUGCAAACUGGCUGAAGGAUUUCCUUGUGUCGAACAAGAUACCACUGAAUUAA